CUAAUGAGAUGUUGCCCUACUUAUGGCAAUUUAUUCCUCGAUUUCUUGAAUAUAACAGAAUAAAACCGGUUGGGUAACACACGUGGAUAGUAUUUGGAGUAGGGAUAGCACCGAUGAACAACGGUAAAUUUUUCAGACAGGUACAAGUCACCGAUAACGAAAGAAGUACCAAAGUUGUCCUCGUCCUUGAAGCAGUAAUAAUGCAGUGAAAUCAUUAAAGUUAUCAGUUGACACAUUAACAAUAAUCUAAAGAUGCCUAGUAACCAGAAAAUUCAGGAUGACCUGGAGGAAUCAAUACCCGAACCUGAGGACUCGAAAUUCGCGACGAUGACAAAAGCAGUCUAUAAUGUGAUGUUCCUCCCAGUGGUGUUCUCAGUGAUAGCAGUCCUAGUCUUUCACUACUACGAUACCCUGAUCGAGAGCCAGAUUUCCCUGGCGAUAAACGAUUCGAAGCCCCUAUACUGGCUGUACACGAAAAAAGAGGACGAGGGGCACCUGAGGCACGUUAUAAAAGUUCUAGACAAAUUGGGCUACCGUCGAGGUACGAACGAAUCCGAUUGGGAUCUGCUGUGGGCCCACGACUACCCCUUCAAGAUUUUCCCCAAUCUGAAGAACCUGAAGCCCCACCAGAGAGUGAACCACCUGCCAGCCUGCGGCUUCUUCACGAACAAAGUCGAUUUAUCAACGACAGACAGUCAAUACCUCCCCAGAGCUUUCAGACUCCCCGAUGACAAGGAAGCCUUCCUGGACUUCACCAGGGACUUCCCGGAGAAGAGGUUUGUCCAGAAGUCAAAUGCCCAUCGAGGCAUCAGAAUAAAAAAAUCCGGGGAAUUCGAUUUCGACAAGGAAGAGACGUUCAUCCAGGAGUUCGUGGAGAAACCAUACCUCGUAGAUGGUUUUAAAUUCGACAUGGGGAUCUACACCGUCAUCACGUCAGUGGAUCCUCUGAGGGUUUAUACCUACAAAGGAGAUGUACUCUUCAGGUUCUGCCCUCAUACGUACCAUCCAUUUGAUCCUGAGGACACAAAGAAGUACGUCGUCGAUGACGAUUAUCUCCCCAUCUGGAAGGUGCCAUCUCUCAAGAAGUUCUACACAGACCUGGGAUUCUCCAUGAAGGACACAUUCGAUGCUUAUGUGAGGAGCACUGGAAAGGACCCUGGGCGAGUCUGGAACGCAGUGGAUGAGGCCAUCCGGGAUGUCCUCCUCAAGAAGGAGAAGCUCAUGGGAGACGUCGUGAAAAAAUACCCUGGGAGGAAAAAUUUCUUUGAACUCGUGAGGUUCGAUUUUAUCGUUGAUGAUCAGCUCAAUAUUUUCUUGAUGGAGGCCAACAUGUCCCCGAAUUUAUCCUCCGCACAUUUUCCACCGAAUAGAUUGCUCUAUGAACAGGUGCUGUUCAAUAUGUUUGCACUCAUUGGUGUGGGGCAGAGGAUCGACACUCCUUUCAUAAGACCUGGAACUUGGGAAGAGCGAAGCUUUGAAGUAGCAGACAAAAAUCUAGUAGUCCUUCCAGAAAUCUGCUCAGCCUGUGCAGAUUGCUUCAGAGUCGAGUGUCAGCUCUGCAGACAGUGUUUCACCGAAGAGAUGAGAUCGAUAUUCGCUCAGUGCUACACCGAGCAUCAGAAUAAAAUGGAUUUCAAACGAGUCUUUCCACCACCAAUCACGAAAGACAUGAUCUUGAAAGACUACACACUGAAAAAUCAACUGCUAGUUCGCUGGUACCAAGGAAAAUGUCAGAUGGACGCCUCCUGGUGCACCUGACCUUCUCUGAUCCACAAAUAUUUAUAUAAAUUCAUGAAAUACAAAAGUAUUGCUUAAUUUCCUAAUGAAUGUAUAGCAUGAUUGAAAGUAUAUUUAACUAAAUCUAAU